UCUCAUCUCGAUUACUACUGACAAACGGAGCUAUCAUAUAAAUCAUCAGCAGGUACCGCCACAGUUAGAGCUACAGCUACAGCUACAGCUAGAGUACAGUCACAGUUGCAGUCGAUUCGCCAUUACAGCCAACUGUCGGUCAGUCAACAUGGCCCAAGGUCUCAUCAAGAAGAAGGCCGCAACAAGCAAAAAACCUGCCCCUCUCGCCCCCAAACGCGGCCCUAGAACCAUCGCCCCCAAGAAAGCCUCGCUGAUCAAACAGCAGAAGAUCACCAAGAAACUCACGGCCGGUCUCGUGGCAAAGACGGAACGGAGUCUCGCGUCGAGGGCGGGACAUCUUGAGCUUCUGGCGGGUGGGAAGAAGGAUAAAGGGAAGACCAAGGAGAAGGAGAAGAAAGUCGCAAAAUGACGACUGCCAGAUAAUGAAGUCGAUUACUAGGUAUAUUACUAGAGUAUAGAGGACAUAAUUUAAUGAGAUAUGAUUAACUAGGU